AUGGGAGCGGUGGGGAAGCUAAGCGUCUUCUUGGAAAGGCAACCAGGAAGAGAGAUGUCAUCCACCAAGCAAUCAGUGCAGAUGUUCCAGUCCAGGAGGAAGUGCCUUGCUGUGGAGAAGAUGGACAGGAUGCCAUUUGCUCAUGUGUACUUAGCUGGAGAAGAGCUUUUGGGCAGACAAACUGUCCGCCGUCUAGCACUGAAGGUCCUAAGCAGGAAAGUGAGAAAAGAGCUCAGCAGAGUAGACCAGAGGCAUCGCGCCAGCCAGCUCCGAAAGCAGAAGAAGGAGGCGGUUCUGUCAGAGAAAAGACAGCUGGGCAGCAAGGAUGGUCCUCCUCAUCAGGUGCUGGUAGUGCCUCUGCAUGACAGGAUUUCCUUGCCAGAGGCCUUUAGGCUGCUUCAGGAUAAGGACACUGGAACAGUACACUUGAAUGAGUGGGGAAGCACCCAUAGCUUUGUGCUGUUAUGCCCCCGCUUGAAACAUCGGUGGUAUUUCACAUCUGCAAGGCCAGGGGAUCUGCACGCUGUGUUAGAUAUGGCUAAAGUGGCGGAUACCAUCCUUUUUCUCCUUGAUCCACUAGAAGGCUGGGACAGCACUGGGGAUUACUGCCUUUCCUGCCUUUUUGCCCAGGGCCUUCCUACCUAUACACUAGCUGUCCAGGGGAUUUCUGGCCUCCCACCAAGGAAACAAAUAGAUGCCAGAAAGAAGCUAAGUAAAGCAGUGGAGAAGCGCUUUCCUGAUGACAAACUUCUCCUGUUAGACACACAACAGGAGGCACAGAUGCUGCUCAGGCAGUUGGCUAACCAAAAGCAACGACAUCUUGCCUUUCGAGAUCGACGGGCCUACAUGUUUGCUCAUGCUGCUGACUUUGUGCCUAGUGAAGAAAAUAACUUGGUGGGCACCUUGAAAAUCUCAGGCUAUAUUCGUGGACAGACUUUGAAUGUAAAUAGCUUGCUGCAUAUCAUUGGACAGGGUGAUUUCCAGAUGAAACAGAUAGAUGCUCCUAUAGACCCUUUCCUUUUAAAUCCUAGAGUGGUCAAAUCACAGGACUCUGGAGCUGCAAUGGAGAUUUGUGCUAUGGAUGCUGUGGUUGAUAUGGAGGAAGACCUUAAGGUCCUAAUGAAGGCAGACCCUGAAAGACAAGAAUCUUUGCAAACAGAGGUUAUCCCAGAUCCAAUGGAGGGGGAGCAAACCUGGCCCACAGAGGAGGAACUGAAUGAGGCAAAUGACUGCUUGAAGGAAAGUUCCAAGGUGGUAAAGAAGGUUCCCAAAGGGACAUCCAGUUACCAAGCUGAAUGGAUUUUGGAUGAGGAUGGUGAAAGUGGUGGGGAAGAUGAAUAUGAUGAUACAGAACAUGAGGAUUUUAUUGAAGAGGAAUCUCAGGAUGAGAGCAGUGAAAAGGAAGAGGAGGAAGAAUGUGAAACUAUGACUAUAGGAGAGUCUGUGCAUGAUGAUCUGUAUGAUGAGAAUGUGGAUGAAGAGGCUGAAGAAAAAAUGUUGGAGAAAUAUAAACAAGAAAGACUGCAAGAGAUGUUUCCAGAUGAAGUAGAUACCCCCCGUGAUGUGGCUGCAAGAAUUCGAUUUCAGAAAUACAGAGGCCUCAAGAGCUUCCGGACAUCUCCAUGGGAUCCUAAGGAAAACCUUCCUCAAGAUUAUGCUCGGAUCUUUCAGUUUCAGAACUUUACUAAUACUAGGAAACGCAUUUUUAAAGAAAUUGAAGAAAAAGAGGUUGAAGGAGCUGAGGUUGGCUGGUAUGUCACACUUCAUGUCUCUGAAGUCCCUAUCUCAGUGAUUGAAUACUUUAAGCGAGGGGCACCCUUGAUUGUAUUUUCUUUACUACCUCAUGAACAGAAGAUGUCAGUACUGAAUAUGGUGGUGAGCCGGCACCCUGGCAACACUGAGCCUGUGAAAGCUAAGGAGGAGCUGAUCUUCCACUGUGGGUUCAGGCGCUUCCGAGCCUCACCUUUGUUCUCUCAGCACACUGCAGCGGAUAAACAUAAAUUUCAGAGAUUCCUGACUGCUGAUGUGGCCUUGGUAGCGACAGUAUAUGGCCCAAUCACGUUUCCUCCUGCAUCUGUACUGCUUUUUAAACAGAAUAGCAAUGGAAUGCACAGCCUCAUUGCCACAGGCCAUCUGUUGUCAGUGGAUCCAGACAGAAUGGUCAUCAAGAGAGUUGUUUUGAGUGGUCAUCCUUUCAAAAUUUUUACUAAGAUGGCAGUAGUGCGCUACAUGUUCUUCAACAGAGAGGAUGUGUUGUGGUUUAAACCAGUGGAACUGAGAACAAAGUGGGGCCGCAGGGGACACAUCAAGGAGCCUUUAGGUACUCAUGGCCACAUGAAGUGCAGUUUUGAUGGGAAGCUAAAAUCUCAGGACACAGUACUGAUGAACCUCUAUAAACGAGUUUUCCCCAAAUGGACUUAUGAUCCAUAUGUACCAGAACCAGUACCAUGGAUGAAAAGUGAGAUCUCUUCAACAGUGCCUGAGGUGGAUAUGGAGUAA